GUUUCCUCUCAACCUGCACAAUAACAAGAAGCUGGAUCAGAACUGGAGUUGCCGGAACUCAAACCAGACACUCCAAAAUGAGACAGAAACAUCCCGAUCAGGGACUCUAACCACGACACCCAACAGCCAGCCUGAGUUUCUUUACAAAAGUAAAAAAAUUAAGUGUUUUCAAAUUAUAAAAGACAAUGACUACUGAUGAAGGUGUGAAGAACAAUGGGGAAAAUCCAGCAACCACGGUUGCUGAGCAGGGUGAGGAUAUCACCCCCAAACAAGACAGAGGAGUGUUAAAGAUUGUCAAAAGAGCUGGCAAUAGUGAGGAAAUGCCGAUGAUCGGAGACAGAGUUUAUGUCCAUUACAAAGGGAAAUUGUCAAAUGGAAAGAAAUUUGAUUCCAGUCAUGAUAGAAAUGAACCAUUUGUUUUCAGUCUUAGCAAAGGCCAAGUUAUCAAGGCGUGGGACAUUGGAGUGGCCACCAUGAAGAAAGGAGAGAUCUGCCAUUUAUUAUGCAGGCCAGAAUAUGCAUAUGGCUCAGCUGGCAGUCUCCCUAAAAUUCCCCCAAAUGCGACUCUCUUUUUUGAGGUUGAACUCCUUGAUUUCAAAGGAGAGGAUUUGUUUGAAGAUGCGGGUAUUAUCCGGAGAAUCAAACGGAAAGGAGAGGGAUAUUCAAACCCAAAUGAAGGAGCAACUGUAGAAAUCCACCUGGAAGGCUGCUGUGGUGGAAGGAUGUUUGACUGCAGAGAUGUGGUCUUUGUUGUGGGCGAAGGAGAAGAUCAUGACAUUCCCAUCGGAAUUGACAAAGCCCUGGAGAAAAUGCAGCGGGAAGAACAGUGUAUUUUGUACCUUGGACCACGAUAUGGUUUUGGAGAGGCAGGGAAGCCUAAAUUUGGCAUUGAACCUAAUGCUGAGCUUAUAUAUGAAGUUACACUUAAGAGCUUCGAAAAGGCCAAAGAAUCUUGGGAGAUGGAUACCAAAGAAAAAUUGGAGCAAGCUGCCAUUGUCAAAGAGAAGGGAACUGUGUACUUCAAGGGAGGCAAGUACCUGCAGGCGGUGAUCCAGUAUGGAAAGAUAGUGUCCUGGCUAGAGAUGGAAUAUGGCUUAUCAGAAAAGGAAUCCAAAGCUUCAGAAUCGUUUCUGCUGGCCGCCUUUCUGAACCUGGCCAUGUGCUACCUGAAGCUGAGAGAGUACACCAAAGCUGUCGAGUGUUGCGAUAAGGCCCUCGGACUGGACAGUGCCAACGAGAAAGGCUUGUACAGGAGGGGUGAAGCCCAGCUACUCAUGAAUGAAUUUGAGUCAGCCAAGGGUGACUUUGAGAAAGUGCUGGAGGUGAACCCCCAGAACAAGGCUGCACGGCUGCAGAUCUCCACGUGCCAGCGGAAGGCGAAGGAGCACAACGAGCGGGACCGCAGGAUCUACGCCAACAUGUUCAAGAAGUUCGCAGAGCAGGACGCCAAGGAAGAGGCCAACAGAGCAAUGGGCAAGAAGACUUCAGAAGGGGCCGCCAGCGAAAGAGCAGCCGGAAGUCAAGUGAUGGGAGAAGAGAAACCCACAGGCCAUGUAUGACGCCGCGCCAAGGAGGGCAAAGAGUCCUAGUGAACUCGGCCCCUCCUCCAUGACGGUCACCCAACUCAGGACUAAACAGUGUUUAAUGUCAAAUUUGCUUUAGUCUAUGUGAUUCUGGGAGCACAUGGAAAACCAGUAGCUUCUCCACACCCUUCACCUCCCCCCACCCCCAAACACACACACACACACAGAGCCAUCCUGCGGCUGCCCCGUGGGUCCCCUGAGAGGUGGUGUGGGACCACUCCCGGAGGAAGAGAACGGCAGUGGCUGCUGGUAUGGAGAUUGAGGCAGCAGCCCACGUCCAGCCCAUCGCAGCUUACGUCCGUUUUCCAUAGCUGAUGUAGGGUCCCUUAUGAUAAUCCUAACCAUUUAGGACCGUUUGGUUUUACAACGAAAUUUAAUCUUAAAAAAAAAAAAAGAGAGAGAGAGACUCGCUGAACUUUGUCUUUUCUAUACAUGGGGGCAGGGAGUGGGGUCUCGGUUUCUAAAAGACUGAGGUACAGUGGAUGCCACCUGCCAUGCUGGUACCCUAAGGCACAGGGGGAUUUCCUUCACCCCGCAGCAGUGUCACAGACCUGGAAGCAGCCACUCGCUGGCUGCCAGCUCAGCCCCCUCUCAGCCUGCCUCCCCUCACAGGCGAGGUUAGUUCCGUCCAUCCCAGGCCCCCCUUCAGUCAGCGUUACGAGCAGUUCUGGGGUCCUGAGGUGGCGGGCCGUGCGUGAAGAGCCUCCAGAUCAUGCUUUUGCUUGCUCCUCCAUUUCUGUCAGGUCCUUCCUGCCAUCCCACUCCUGCCCCGGCUUCUCUUCCUCGGUUCUCAUCCUGGCUGUUGGUGCCUUGGACUCCUGUUCUGCCGUGGGUUGGCCUGGAGGGGACGGAAUCACACUGGGACCUUGGCGGCACCUUCUGUCUCUUCAGUCACUGGCUCCUAAGCAGAGGUUACUAAGUGGCUUUAAACUUUGAAAAACAAAAUAUGUGGGGGUCAAGAAGGCAGCAGCUACUCUCCUGUGGGUUUUACCUGCGGCUUGUAGAGACACUGAUGCUGGAUCUGCCCAUUCUGAUGGUGUCUCCAUCCUGGUGGGUUGAAGGAAGGUCUGCAGCAGCUUCCCAGGCUGGUGCGUCUUAGGAAGUUCUCAGGCGUUGCUCUCAGGGAAGUCAGCAGCCCACCCCGCCUGUGGUGGAGCUUCAGUCCUCACAGGUGAACCGAUCCCCACCCAGUCUGAGAAGCCCUCACUAGGGGUGCAUUUGGCCAAGGAAAUAUUUGCAUAAGCCUGGAGCAGCUCACACCAUUCAGUCCUAAAGAACACUGGCAUUUGCAUUUUAGAGUAGCAUUUAUUUUUAUGGCAGUUUUUAACAAAACACCCAUUGUUAGGUUAGGACCAAUCUUCACCCCAAAAUUCAAAGUCAUUUCCUUUUAUACAGACAGUUCUCCAUAACAAAUCAGAUUAAAUUCUGAGUUUCUGCCUUUGAUGCCACCUACACUUUCUCUCAUGCGGUGAUUUCUUCAAAAGGCCCAGUCUUGUCUUAGAAACAUGGAAAAGCCAAAAUGGGUUUUGCUUAACUGUUCAGGAUUUGCAACAGUGCCAAACUCCAGUGAGACCAAGACGGGAAGUUAGCCUUCUGCAGGUUAUAAGAAAAUAAUUGCAAAUAUUAGACCAGUCCAGGCCCCAUCCCCUUGUCUCCCAAGAGGGCAUGCAUGGCUUGGGGCAGAGGAGGACCAGGAACUUGUCACCACCCAAGGAAAGAAGGGUCAUCUAUUCCUAGAGCAAAUCUGGAAUCACAAACAUAUCUAUAGAGACCGCCAGAUGCAUGAGUCAGCUUCCAGACUGCCCACGGAGAGGUGAAUCAGCCAAUGAUGAAUUCAGAACAUUUUUUUGUUCAAAAUCAUUUACACGCAUUUUUCUGUGUGUGUUCCUUAAGUAAAUCCAGAAAAACAAAACAUGAUCCCCCAUUGUUCUUGGUUUUGCUUAAACGGUCUUCAGGAAAAGUUAUUUUGGGCUGGAAAACAGUGGUGGGGGCCAACUUGAAGAAGUGAGAUGUGAGAAAACUGGCUGGAGCCGGCAUCAGUCUGCUCUGUCCUGAUGACACCCCCAAAUCAGCGGGACAGGGUGUGUCACCCGAAGUCAGUAGCAGCUUGAAGGCAGUCUGGUAGUGUGUUCAUUAGAGUAAACCAGAUCAACAGAAAAGCAAGAGUGGUUUGCAGUUAUUUUAUUGGAAAGGCAGAUUAUACA